AUGCAGCGGGCCUCCUCCGUGCGCUGCCGCGCUGCCGUCGACGGCUCCGCGCGCGUGGGCGUCACGAACUCCCUGAACGAGUUCGGGGCCGCUAUCGACGUGUGGCACAGCUUCAUCCCGCCCGUCGCGCUGCCGGAGCGCGAAGUAAUUACAGCCUGCUCCUGUUCCGACGGUGACGACUGGACGUGGUGCAGCCCGGACGAGCUCCGCUACAGAUUCAACACCUGGAUUCGGUCCCCGCACUGGCCCGCGAUCCGCGCCGCGCUGAUCGAGGACCCGACCAUGAUCCACGUGGACCCGCUGUGCGCCGUGGAGACCCUCGACGCGCUCGCGGCCGAGUUCGAGUUCCAGUCGACUACCUUGUACAAAGUGGCCAAAGACUGCCCGCGGAUCCUCUCCGUCGACGCGAGGGAGAUUCCGAUGCGGCUCGACACGGUCCGGCAGAUCUUCGGCAAGGCCCGGAAGGACGUGGGCGACAUCGUGAAGCGCUUCCCGGCCGUGGUGCUGUUUGCGACGGACGACCUCUGGGACUGGUUGACCGUGCUGCAGGCCACGGCGCCGGGCCUCGACAUCCCCAAGGUCCUGCGCUCGAAGCCGACGGCCCUCGGCGUGUCCCCGCAGGCCAUCGCGGAGCGGAUUCGGUACCUGCAGCGCACGUUUGAGUGCGAGGAGGUGUCACAGGUCGUGGCGCUGAUCCAGGGGUCGCCGCAGCUGCUGGUGCAGAACAGCGACACGAUCAUGUCGAACGUGGAGAGCAUCGUGGAGGGCCUCGUCGCGCAGGGCGACGGCGCGUUCAGCCGCCAGGAGGUGUUUGCGCUGCUGCGCAACUCCCCCAACCUGGCGCACUGCCAGGCGGAGAGCAUCCUGACGACGGCGUCGUGGCUGGAGACGCACUUCGUGGACGAGGAGCGCUGGGGCUGGGCGACGUGGCAGCCCGGGGUGCCCCUGGAGGCCAUGCUCAAGACGCGGGGCCUGGCGGGGCGCCGCCCGCUGGGCAUCAGCGCGACGUACGAGGAGAUGCUGGAGAUCAGCGGGUCGUGCGAGCGCUGGCGGGGCGACCUCGAGAGGCUGUUGGAAAAGAAGCGCGCGUCGUCGCUGGGCUACCUGCUCACGACGUCGAAGACGAAGCGGAACCGGCUGUGGUGGGUGCUCGACCGGACGCCGGAGGGCGAGCAGCCCAUGUGGGGCCUCAACACCACGCUCUCGAAGACGACGGCAGCAGUGGCCAAGGCAUACGGGGUGACCAAAAAGGAGCUGGAGGCGGAUCUGGAGGAGAUGGAGUCGUGGGGCGCGGGGCGAGCCGCCGCGGGCUGA